AUGACAAUGCCCCAAUAUACUCGGUGCACUUCGAUCCUCAUGGCAAUGGUCGACUGGCCACUGCUGGAAAGUACGUUUCCACUGCCCCUUUGGAAAGUCGAGGGUACCGGGGAGGAACGAAAAAUAACCUAUCUGAGCACCCUGGUCAAGCACACACAGGCAGUGAACGUGGUCCGCUUCUCUCCGAAAGGUGAGAUGCUGGCUUCUGCUGGUGAUGAUGGCAACGUGCUGCUUUGGGUGCCCUCGGAACUCCAGACAACAUCCACCUUCGGGGAGGAUCGAUCGGAUGACAAGGAAACUUGGCGGGUGAAGCACAUGUGUAGGUCGUCUGGAGCGGAGAUCUAUGACCUGGCGUGGUCUCCCGAUGGCGUGUUCAUCAUCACGGGAAGCAUGGACAAUAUUGCUCGCAUCUACAAUGCUCAGACGGGCCAAAUGGUUCGGCAGAUCGCAGAGCACUCUCACUACGUUCAAGGCGUCGCCUGGGACCCGCUGAAUGAAUUCGUCGCGACCCAGUCGUCCGACCGAUCGGUCCAUAUAUACAGUCUGAAGACAAAGGAUGGUCAAUUCUCGUUGACCACUCAUGGCAAAUUCCUGAAGAUGGAUCUGCCUGCUCGACGAGUGCCCUCGAGCAGUCCGGCCCCGUCUGAUGUUGGAAAUAAGACUCAGUCGACCACCAGCAACCCGCAUCCCAUUGCCUCUCCGGCUCCCUCUGCUCCCGGCACGCCAAAAGCGACGGCCUUGCCCAUGGAUCCUCCUCCUGUGUCUCACAGUCGACGUUCAUCGUUUGGAUCAUCUCCCUCCAUCCGCCGUUCAGCGUCACCUGCUCCUUCAUUGCCAUUGCCCGCUGUGAAACCUAUGGAAGUAUCAUCGCCGGGUCUGCUCGGUGGCCUUGGAGUCAAAAACGCCAAUCUCUACGCCAACGAGACUUUCACGUCUUUUUUCCGCCGAUUGACUUUUGCUCCUGAUGGCAGUUUGCUUUUCACACCCGCGGGUCAGUAUAAGACCUCUCAUGUUUCUCCCAGCGAUCCGUCGAAGACCGUAGACGAAGUGAUAAAUACGGUUUAUAUCUACACACGUGCCGGCUUCAACAAGCCGCCGAUUGCUCACCUGCCUGGCCACAAGAAGCCGUCAGUCGCUGUCAGAUGCUCUCCAGUGUAUUACACCCUCCGACAAGCGCCACGGCCUACCAGCCACAUCACUCUGGAUACGUCUUCUGGAGAAGAUGCUUUCCCUUCGCUUCCGGAUCCAGUGGUUGCGUCAAACGUGACCAGCCACCCAUCAAUGGAACCACCACCCGUUUCUGCCACAAGUGAUCCAUCAAAACCUCCCAAGACUGCAGACAGCGAAGCGAAUUCUAGCCCGGCUUUCGCUUUGCCGUAUCGGAUUGUGUAUGCAGUUGCUACGCAGGAUGCGGUCCUGGUUUAUGACACGCAGCAGCAAACACCGCUGUGUGUCGUGAGCAAUCUGCAUUUCGCUACCUUCACGGACUUGACCUGGUCGAACGAUGGUUUGACUUUGAUAAUGAGCUCGUCCGAUGGCUUCUGCUCAACAUUGUCGUUUGCUCCUGGCGAACUCGGCCAGCCUUAUGUUGGCCCAGUGCCAACGCCGCAUCACCAUGCGGCUCCUUCGACUGCUUCGUCAGCGAGCAUCACUCCUCUGCCUACACCCACCCAGACCACCUCUCCCUCGUUAGUGAAGGCGAGUACGGCACCGAGCAGCGCAGGUCCUGCUCAGCCUUCUUCAACCAAUGCAGGUCGUCCGGCCAGCCCGCCGCAUUCGACCUCAACCUCGUCAAAUAAUACGAACUCUGCAACACAAUUGGACACAGUCGUUAAUAACCCAACUCCUACUCUGGGAUCUGUCCCGCUCGUCACAGCAGCCAAUUCCGCUCAACCUCAGACCCUGCCCCUCACUACCACGCCACAGACACCGAUGUCUGGAGUAUCACAUAGUGCCACGAGUUCGAUGAGCGGCAGCGUUCUCGGAAAGCGCGAUAUUGGCGCGGCGAGCGAGUCGGAGAAGGAGGAGACGAAAGCCCAGAGCAAAGAGCCGUCGGAGCAGCAGCAGCAGCAGCAACAACCAAAGAAGAGGCGAAUAGCACCGACUUUGAUCUCAGGAGGCAGCUCCGCCUCCACUGCGAACAGCAAUCAAAACAACACUGACGAUACAGGCGGUUAA